AUGGAACACCGCAAUGUGAGCGCGUUCUUCGUACCUAUAUAUGGUUCUGAGGAGUUUGGCGAUCUUGUGCAGACGUUGCGUCAGAUGAUGCAAGGCCCAUUCGUCGAAAUGGACACCGCGGUGGUGCUUACGGCUAUCAAAGUCGGUCUUGGGGAACGAAUCAAGCAGAAGAAGAGUUGGCACAAGGAUCAUGGCGGCGGUGGAAAGGGAAAGGGCAAGAAGAGGUUGGCGAAGGGGAAGAAGUUCUGA